GGAGCUCAGCAGAACGACGCUCACAGGCUGUGCGCGCUCCCGCGGACGCCCCAUUCCUCUCCGACGACAGAAUUUGACGCAGUUUCACAAAAACAUGAAGGCUCAACGAUCCAGGACCUGAUGGACUCUGAGCUGAAGAUCGGGGCAUUUCCUGACAGCGUCCCACGGCUAAGCGGAAGUGCGCAGGCGCAGCAGACUGAAAGAGAAAGUGAAGUUUUCGUCACGGACCUCCGUGUACAUCCAUUAAAACAGCCCCACGAACACGCGGGAUUUAAGCUCAGUCCCGCCGGUCUGUGAUGGAAGAGAUGCGGAAAGGAAACCGUCGAAAUGACAGCCACAACGUGUCUCUCGCCCUCCAACACGACCCCCCUGAAAGCAACAAUGUGAAACCCAAGCCAGGUGACCACAGAGGGUCAGACUCCGCCCACAAGGACAAGAAACAAAACGUCCUGGAGCUGGCCGGGUUUGGCGGGGAUGAGGGCCGGACAAACUCCGGCGAGCACGCCGGCGGACAGAUGGAUGACAGAUGGAGGAUGGAAGAGGAGGAGCGUCCUUCAUCGUGCUGUAAGCUGGACGACCUGAAGAGACUCUCAGAUUGCGAGGAGAACCUGGGUCUGAUCCGAUUUGAUGGGACGCACGCCGUCCUGGUGGAUGUGGAGCAGUUAUAUAACUGUCAGCGCAUAGUUCCUGCGAAAGGAAAGGUGGCUUGGGACGAUAACCACGUGAAGAUGCCACACGCUACGAGGAAUCAAAUGGGGCCAAACAAGGGUCCUCCCAAAUGGAAGCAGAUCUCUGAGUGCCUGUUUGCUCUCGCCAGUCGGACAGAGGCGAGCGCCAAAGACGUGGAGAAAGCCAUCCUCCACUUCAACCCCAAGUACCGGAGUGUGUGGACGUUUGAUGCGCUCCUCUCCUUUGUUAAGUCGACACCUUCCUCAGAAAACGACCUUAACAAACUGUUUGCCAAGAUCGCCGCUUUGGCCUUGAAGCUACCGGAAGAAGUUCAGAAGGCCAUCCCACUGCUGCAGCGAGGACGCUCUGCAUCCAUUACCCUGUCUCAUGUUCAGAUCUCCUGCCUGCUGGCCAACGCUUUUUUCUGUACCUUUCCUCACCGCAACGCCUCCAAACCCUCCGCAGAGUACCACAGCUACCCCUCCAUCAACUUCUCCAGUUUGUUCGGAAAGCCGUCACAUCGCAAAAUCCAGAAGCUGAAGGCCAUCAUGCAUUACUUUAGGGUGGUGACGGAUGAGGGGGCAGACAAAGCAGGAACCAACGGCCUGGUGACGUUUGAGAGACGAUGCCUCAGAGACGAAGAUAAGCCCUGCUGGGAAAGCUGCAGGGAGCCGCUGAGAAAACUCCACGUCACGUCCGAGGGCAACAUCGAGGACCAAGGGGCCGACCUCCUCCAGGUGGACUUUGCCGCUAAGGUGGUCGGUGGGGGGGUUCUGGACUCAGGUCUGGUCCAGGAGGAGAUCCUGUUUCUUUUACAUCCUGAGCUAAUCGUUUCGCGGCUUUUCACGCAGGAGCUCGCAGACAACGAGUGUCUGAUCGUCAAAGGUAUGCAGCGGUUCAGCUUGUACGAGGGUUACAGUGACGCCUUCCAGUGGGCGGGGCCUUAUGACAGCAGGGUGGAACGGGAUGAGUGGAGACGGCUGAAGAGGCGGAUCGUCGCCAUCGACGCGCUGCACUUCAGAGACCCCAAGCAGCAGUUCCACAUGAACGCCAUCGAGCGGGAACUGAACAAGGCGUACUGCGGGUUCAAAUGCUCCGGUAAGCACCAGGAGCCCGACAUCGCUACGGGGAAAUGGGGCUGCGGAGCUUUCAAUGGGGACCCACAACUCAAAGCUGUGAUCCAGCUGAUGGCGGCGGCGAAGGCCGGCAGAGGUUUGGCUUUCUUCACCUUCAAAGACCAAAAGCUGGAAAGUGAGCUGCGGGACGUCUACCACCUGCUGGUCUCUAAGGGGUGCACAGUUGGUGGCCUGUACAAACUUCUGCAGAGCUACUGUGCAGAGGUGAGACGACACAAACAUGAAGAUCUGUUUGACUUCAUCAGGAAAUCCGGGAGCAAACUGUGACGACGGCUGCGCUCACUCAUGAAGGAACGCCGUCACGUCAAAGAAGGAAGCUCUGAGCUAAACUUUACGCUCUUUGUUCUGUCUUUUAAUUCUCACGCGUUAAGAAGAUCCUCUUUGAGGAUCCAGGAGCAGAUGGAGCUGCUGUUCUGAUCUGUUAUGAAACACGGACGUUUCUGAUUAGAGAAUCUGCAGAAGAAACAGGGAAAAUUCUGGGAAACAUCUGUGAUUGAUUGAUUUGGUCUGAAUGUGACCGGAAAGUUCAUCGUAAUAAACAAACAUCUCUGAUGUUCUGAAGUCUUCAAAGAAACAUUGCACUAAAUCCAUGAAUUUUAAUGAAGGUUUUUCCACAUUUGAACUGGUCUGAUCAGCUGCUUUUCCUGAUUCUUUAUUAGCUACAAAGAAUAAAACAGAACUAAAUAAAUACAUCGUUUCCUGAAAGGCUCUUUUCUGUUCAAAUUCAGAUCCUAGGAAGAUGAAGGAAUGUUCAAAAUACAUUUUCUUAAAAAAAAAAAAAA